CUCUCAACAAAAACCCUAGCGGCAAAAUCGAAUCAGGAAUUGUUGUCUCCUUCGAAGAUCCAAUCAUGGCGGAAGUGGAACCUGAGGUCGCGACCGGACAGCCCAAGAAGAGAACAUUCAGGAAGUUCUCCUUCAGAGGAGUGGAUCUGGACGCUCUCCUCGACAUGCCCACCGAUCAGCUCGUCAAUCUCUUCCAAGCCCGUGCUCGCAGAAGGUUCCGGAGGGGUCUUACGAGGAAGCCACUGGCUUUGAUCAAGAAGCUCCGCAAGGCGAAAAGGGAUGCGCCUCAGGGUGAGAAGCCCGAGCCAGUUAGAACUCACCUCCGAAACAUGAUCAUUGUUCCGGAGAUGAUUGGAAGCAUUGUUGGUGUGUACAAUGGGAAGACUUUCAACCAGGUUGAGAUCAAGCCCGAGAUGAUUGGUCAUUACUUGGCCGAGUUUUCCAUCUCAUACAAACCCGUCAAGCACGGUAGACCCGGUGUUGGUGCUACUCACUCCUCAAGGUUUAUCCCUCUGAAGUGAAGAAUUUCCCAGUGCUCUAUAAGACCAUUUGCUUAUUGCACUAUGUUAAACUUGUUUCUUAUGACUGUUCUGGAUGCUUGAUAAUGUUAAUGUUCCUUCAGGAUUUUAUA